GAAGAGACCCGGAAGACAACGCGGGAUUUAUUUACAUGCGGCGAACGCAAACGCGACAAUCGCGACGCUUGAGGGAGACGCGAGUAAAUUACCGGUUCAGCUUCGGGCGUGCUAAUCGGCUUUCCGAAGCGUGGGAAGCCCGAUUUUCUCUCUCUCCAUCAAGAUCGCUGUGACAGUUCGACGGUGCAUUAAACCGACGUGGAAAUUCGCCAAGGAAGGGAUAAAAUAAGGGAAAAGCUUCGGAGAAGAAACAUUCAGCGCGAACCGGCACCCACGGACGUGCGUCGAGCUUACUUAUUACGGAAAUCCGGUUUGUCGGAAUGAGGCUUUGAAGUUUCUAUCGCCUGCCGACGAAUCGUGCUCUAUCUCCUUCCGUUGCCAUCCGUCGUUUUUUUUUUCGCGCUCACAGCCGAAGAAAAGAUGGAAAAGCGUAAAACCGAGUGGCUUCGCAUUCAAGCGGUAGGGGAAAAAGUUUAAGUGACUCAUGGAGACUCUUUCGGAAAUUCCCUUCGCACUGUUCUUUAAGUUUCUGUUUUCCCGAUGAGAGCGAGAAGUAUGGCGGGCGGGAACGAGGGGAAAGAGUGAGAAAAGAUUAGCGGGUUCCCCCGGAAAACGGUCUCUCCCGCGCGAGAUAAUGCAUCGGUUGAUGCGAGGUAACAUUAGUGUAUUGCGUUUCGUUUACGAACUUAAAUCACGCCGUCUAACUCGAGUCGUUACCGUCGUGCAAUUCGGCACUCCACUCGCGAGACAGUCAACGAUGAAUAUAUAAAUAACUGUUCACCGUCAAAGUCUCGCAACAUUGACCGCCUUCGCUGCGAUCUUUAAUUUGUGGAGUAAAACAACGAUAAAUUAUUGAUACUCUGCUGAUCGAUUUCUCCCUUUUUCCUCUCGCAAGUAAGUUAGGAGAGAGAACGUUGUCCGUAAAUUUUUCCAAUUUUCCACCACAAAGCUAAUCGCAAUAGCAUGAAAACAUCAAAGCCGGACUGACGAAAUUUCUAAAUUGUAUCGACUAUCGAAGUUUCGAUAUUAAUAUCUUCUCUCGCGCGCGAGAAUAUUUUUUCCAAAGAGUAAGCGCGCGUCGAUUCCGAUCGUCAACAAAAGGGUUCUGAGAGGUGACUAAUAUCGCAGAAAAUAUUUCGAGCAUCGAUUUUCUCUAUAGAAUUCCAAUCCGCAUUCCAGCCGGGACGAUCGUGCCAUGGGAAAAUGACGGAAGUGUCCGCUCCACGUACGAUCGGGCGUCGUCCCUUUGCUGUCGGAAAAUCCUUCCGCGAUAUCAUCCAGUCGAGCGAUUUCGACCGCGCCUCGUAAUAAGAAAUCGACAGUGACGAAAAUCAAAGUGACAUCCGUGGGCGACGCGGGCGUAUCUCAGCGGGGAAACGCGGAAUCCGUCCUCUAGUCUAUAGUUCACGGCGGAAUCUAGUCAUGCAGCCGCGACGAUCGAAUCUACGAGACGCGGGAACGCGCGUACGCAGAAAACUUUACGACAAGAUACUCGUCGCUCGCAAAACGCGCCUUCGCAGAUCGCGUGUCGAGGUUAUCUGAGGUCCCGCGUUGGUUAUCGCGAGGCAUGACACCGCGAGAUGCGCGCAAUCGUAGAGAACGAAUGACCGUGAAUGAAGGACAAUUGACGUGUCAACGGUCGGUGGGUCCGCGAACAUUUCACGAAGUGUGAGACAUUGCUGAUGUUUUCGGACGGUGGCCGAGUGUGAUGUUAUCGUUGAGUCUCCAUCGUCUAGCGUGAUCUCCGUCACGAGCCGUACACGUUCGCCGGCGCGAUUUCUCGAGGUGCGUGGAUGUGGCGACGUGUCCAGCGACGAAUGCAAAGCUGACGGCGAGGGAAUUCGAUGACUCCGUAGAUAGGCAAACCGAGAGGAGAUGGAGAAGGACAACGUCAGGCCUACCUACAGGGCUUACGAGGGCUUUAAGCCGGCGAACAACGGCAACACCUCGUCCCUGAAGAGGUCGACGUCGGAACGAUCGAAGACGCAUCCAUCUCGGCAAGUGAGGUGCCUGUGCUUCGGCGGCGUGCCGGACAAGGCCAGCCAGCACUCUUUCUUGAAGGGGUUCGCUAUAAACCUCGGGAUAUGCGCCCUCCUGGUGGCUUACACCCUAUUGGGCAGCUUCAUCUUCUUAGCUAUCGAGGGCGGGGCUGAUGUCGGCCUGCAGCAAAGGACUCUUGCCACCACGAUAGCUGGGAAUCAGCAUAUUAGGAGAAACACCACCGCUUGGUUAAAGCAGCUUAAUCACGAGGCCCGGGCGAAGACCGUGGAGAACAUAUGGAUAAUCACGGAGAGUUUGAACAUUCUCUACCGUGAGAACUGGACGAGGCUGGCUGCUCAGGAGAUCGCGCGGUUUCAGGACCAACUAGUGAAAAGGAUCACGGAGGACAUGAUGGCGACCCAAAAUGCCGGGACGUAUACCGGGAGUUCCCCCAGCGAAACCGUAACGGAACGCCGUGUGCCGGAGUACGAAUGGAACUUCGCUAAGGCCUUCCUCUAUUCUCUGACUGUGCUCACCACCAUCGGAUGUGGAAGUAUCGCGCCGAAAUCCACUUGGGGAAAAAUCGCCACCAUGGGUUACGCCAGUCUCGGGAUACCCCUGACCUUGGUCUACCUGUCCAGCGCGGGAGGUCUCUUGUCAAGAUGCGCCAGAGGUGUUUUCACGCGAGCCCUUUGCUGCUGCCUUUGCUCGAAUUGCGGCUACUGUUGCUACGACGAGAGGCGAAUGCAGGAUAAAGAGCGGCGAAUGAGGAAGAAACGGCAACAGGAGGAGCUGGCGCAGCAGCAGCAGCAACAGCUACAACUGCAGGAACCCUUUUACGUCCGCGCGAAUGCAUCGACGUUUACAAGCACCGUGGAAAUUAAGGCCAGCCCGAAGGACGAAGUAUCGAGCCUCGGCUCGGGUGACAGACCCAACGUUACCAUACUCGCGCCGAUCAGUAUUUGUCUUGGCGCGAUGCUAUGUUACAUCGUCGCUGGAGCAUUCACUCUGCAUAAAUUAGACGGUUGGUCGUUCAUAGACGCGAGUUAUUUCUGCUUCAUGAGCCUGAGCACUAUCGGUUUCGGCGACAUGGUGCCUGGUUCUUACCCUCGCCACACCCUCGCCGACUCAAGAAACGUGACGGUCUGGUUUUGCUCUUGCUACAUAAUGUCAGGAAUGGCUCUGACAGCGAUGUGCUUCAACAUUCUGCACGACGAGAUCGUCCAUCGACUAAGUCACCAACCGGACAAGCCGGAGCCGGUGAAGCCGAGCCCGAACGGCACCGACGAAAACAAUAUAUGUGGCACGGAACCACCCACCAAUAUAUUCGCGCACGAGAACGAGAUCAACAUCCUGAAGGACACCUUCAAUCAAGUGGAUGUCACUAGAGACUGUAAGCCGAUCUUAAAACUCGAGGAUCAUGUUCCGCCGAUAUCAGCCGUUUAUAUGUUGCCCAAAGUGGACGAAGAGGCUGAAGAAAACACGGAAAUGUAAAACUCGGGUGUACCUUGACUGGAGGUUAGAUCGGAUUCAAUCAACUAGAGAUUAUCUAACAGCAUUUUUACGGAUCGUAACCAGAUGAAUAGGUAUAUGUAACACGUUGUAUAUGCUAAACCAUAUUGUCAAGUCGCGACGAUGAUAAGAUGUUUUGUUGAAUCUGUCAUUAAAGUUGGAUCUACAGUAGUCUUAUAGUAGAAAACGAUGAUUUUAAUAAACAGGGAAUAAAACAGGGAAGUAAUUAUGUCAACAUUUUUUUUCUAUCAAAGAAUGUAGGAAAAAGAGGGGGAUAUAGUUUCAUAGAAAUGUUUGAAAACGUAAACUUAAAAUUUUUUCGAGUUGACGUUCAAUAUUUUAUACUAAAAUUAGCUAUUUUGUA